AUGUCCCUCAUCUCUUGGCUCCGGUGGAAUGAGGCCCCAUCCCGGCUGUCGUCCCGGAGCUCAGCUGAGAUGGUGCUGGAGACGCUCAUGAUGGAGCUGGCGGGGCAGAUGCGCGAGGCAGAGAGGCAGCAGCGGGAGCGCAGCCACGCGGUCAGGAAGAUCUGCACCGGCGUGGACUACAGCUGGCUGGCCAGCACGCCCCGGCCCACCUACGACCUCAGCCCCGGCGAGCGGCUGCAGCUGGAGGAUGUCUGCGCCCAGAUCCACCCCUCCUACUGUGGGCCCGCCAUCCUCAGGUUCCGGCAGCUGCUGGCCGAGCACGAGCCCCAGGUGCAGGAGGUGUCCCGGCUCUUCCUCUCGGUGCUGCAGGAAGUCCUGCAGAGGAUGAAGCAGGAGGAGGAGGCCCACAAGCUGACACGGCAGUGGAGCCUGCGGCCCCGCAGCAGCCUGGCCCCCUUCAAGACCCGCGCGCGCAUCUCGCCGUUUGCCAGUGACAUCCGGACCAUCUCGGAGGACGUGGAGCGGGUCGCACCGCCGCUGCCACGGGUCUGGAGCAUGCCCGAGUUCCACGUGCCCAAAGCUGACUGACCCCUGCCACUCCUCUGCCCAGGAGCUGAGCCACCUGCCAGAGAGCCUGAUAGGCACGUGACCUCGUGCGGGUCCAGGAACCUCCCCACCCACCCCUGAUGAGGAGAUCAAAGAGGUGGCCCAAGACACUGCUGUAGGAUGGAGCAACCUCUCCCUGCCCACCCUCUUUCUCUGGCUGAUCCUGGACUUGGAGCUGCAGCAGGAGCCCUCUCUCCCCUGCACCAGUAUCCCUCCAGGAGCGCCCCUUCCCUGCCUCACAGAGACUCAAUGGCCCCAUCCCCAUCCCUUCUUCGGUCCGGAAGGGGGAGAGUUGCCUGCCUUUUUGCCCAGACCUAGGUUCUCAUCUCAACUUCAAGAUGUCCCAUAAACCCCCUCUCCCCAGGUGAGGGACCUGUUGGAUAGUGUCCGUUCUUUGCUAGGACUGGCUAAUCUCACCACUGCAGGUGGGUUACAGCCUUAUGGGUGGCAGAGCCAGAAGGAACCACAGAGACUAUGAGAUCAACUCUCUACAGCUAGUGAAUGAGGAAACAGGCUCAGAGAGGUACAGCUUCUUCUGCCUUAAAAUGCAGCCAUGUCCCUGUGUGCAGUGACAUUGUUUCUGUACUAAUAGUCUCUGGCCCAGAGUCCUUGAGUCCUGUGCUAUGAUGGGACAGGUCCAAAGGCUAUAUCUCUACCUGCCUGCAGUCUGAUCCAUCUCUCACCGUGGCGCUGGCAUGGGGGUCUUAGUUGCUCUCCAAGAAAGGUAGCUGGGGGUGUCAUCACGUGGUUGUGGCCAUUCCCCAGCAACUCCUGCCAGAGGCUAAGCUUCAAGGCCUUCAGACUUGCUGCCCUAGAGAGCCAGGUCUCUCAACUCCCAGGUUUCUUCUGUUUCUGGUCACACCUGCUCUCUUGCUUUCCCUGGAAAGUAAGAUUCCCGAACUUCUAACUUACCUCAAGGCACCUGAGUGAAACGUUCCACAAGAGCUUCCUACAGGCUUCACUGGCCUCCCGUUUUCUGACAUGGUUAGAUCUUGAUGAUGGGCCUGUGGAUUAUCCAAUGCAUGGAUCAUCCAUGGCAAAUCUGGAAGGCCAGGUGGCCUCCCCGCACACUCUGGGGCUGAAGUGGGGUUUAAGGGGAUGCUUGGUGGAUCUGUCUACCCCCAACUACCAGUGUGUCCUCAGAAAAUGCAAAUGGAUCUUAACAGUACUGUAAAUAAAAUGCCAGGAGGAUGUAAAUCAACAUGGGGAGAAUUGUAUUUUCCCUGACCUAGCUCAAUGGGGAAAAAAAACUAUUUUUUUAAUGAUCUGUUUUGAAUUAUUCUCACUUGGCUGUGAACAGAGAAUCGUACGGUGGUGGAAACGCUCUCAUCCAACGCUAUAGAGAUGAAGGAGUUGGUUGGCUUAUUAACAUAAUUGGUGGAAACUGAAAAUCACAAGUAAAAAUAUACACCUUAAACAUCUUACAUAUUUUAGAGCUAUAAAAAGGUUCAUUCAGUUGGCAAACUUGAUGUAGGUCCAGGCUCUGUUCACUUUUUUGUGACAUGUACGUGUUGUCUAACAAGAAUUCUACACUUGUUUUAUUGGUUUGCGUGUGAUUUAACCAGAACUGUAAGAACAACUGGCCUAAACAAGUUUUGGAAUAAGCAGAAGCGACCCUUGUAAGCAGACAACGAGAUUGGUAGGGAAAGUGUUGGGGGAACACUGAAAAAAGCCUGCCUACAAGCGGUGGGCCUUCUGGGAGCCCUGGAUGUGCGUCAGCCACGGGUCACCUGGAACAGGUGCACAGGAGGCUGGUGAGGAGAACGCCUACGUUUUCUCUCCCUCCUACCACCUUACACGUAGCUAUUCUCCCCAAGCAAAAGGAAGAUCUGAGGCUUUUAAUGUGUUGUUCAUUUUUAAGUUUAAAUAACCAGCCGCCCAUGAAAACCUUCCCUGCCAACCUCAGUCAUGACGGACAGAACCCAACAGCCCCCUCACACACCAGCUGUCCUGCUACAGCCGAUCCCAGCUGGUGGCACCCAGACUCAUGGGGCUCCAGAAGCUGUUCCUCUGGAUUCAGUUUGUUAAACGGACUAUCGAUGUCUGCUUCCAUUUCUCUUUUAAAACCUCAAUAACAAUUAAAAAAGAAAAUUUGAGAGUC